AUGCAUGCGAAGUGCGUGAUCGAGGAUAAUGAUGAGGCUGGGAUUCGACCAAACAAGACAUUCCUUGCUUUGUCAAAUGAGGCUGGUGGCCCCUCUAACUUGGGAUUCUCAGAGAAGGAUUUAAGAAACUAUAUAACAGCAAGGCUCCGAAGUAGCAACGUUAAUGCGGAUGUCAGGGAGAUGAUGAGCUACUUUAGGAGAAUGAAGGACAUCAAUCCGAACUUCUUUUACGCGGUGAAGUUGGACGAUGAGUGUAAAUUUAAGAGUGCAAUAUGGGUUGAUGCAAGGUGUAGGGCGUCGUAUGAAUACUAUGGAGACGUCGUGUCAGUUGAUAGCACGUACAGUACAAAUAGGCAUGGAUUACCGUUUGUGUCGUUCGUUGGGGUGAAGUGCAUGGGAACUGCUCCAAAGUGUAUCAUAACCGAUCAAUGUCGAUCCCUUUACCGUGCGAUCAAAAAUACUUUACCCGACACACGCCACUGGUGGUGCAUUUGGCAUAUUAUGAAUAAGCUACCUUCGAAGCUUGGGGGUUACCGCCGGUACGGAGCUUUGUAUGGUGACCUAAACGACAUUGUGUGGAACUCUCGGACGGAGGAGUCAUUUGAAGAUGAUUGGGCUGAUUUUAUAGAUGAGUACAACUUACAUAACAACACAUGGCUGUCAGUUCUGUAUGAUGACCGACGCAUGUGGGUCCCAAUAUACUUCAAGGGUGAAUUUUGGGCAGGAAUGCGGAGUACGCAGAGGAGUGAGAGCAUGCACGCAUUCUACGGUGGAUACUUACACAGUAAAACUAGCUUGGUCCAAUUUGUUCAUGAAUAUGACAAUGUGCUUGGAGUCAAGGAGCAGAGGGAACUGGAGGAUGAUGCUGCAGACUCGAGGGGGGUUAUCCCUUGUGCAACUACCUCGCCUAUAGAGAAACAGUUUCAGCAAGAGUAUACCACGAGCAUUUUUAGGGAUGUUCAAAUUGAGUUUGUGAGGAAGGAUAACUGCAGAGUUUCUGCAGUUGAUGAACAGGGUCCAGUGGUCUGCGUGAAGGUGGAAGAGGAGAAACUACUCAACGAUACUAUUCUAUGCGUUCCGUAUGAUGUUCACUUUGACCGUUCCACACAUGAGCUUCGUUGUGAAUGCAAUCUUUUUGAGAGUUCAGGUGUGUUAUGCUGUCACUGCCUUGAAGUUUUCCAUUCGUAUAAAGUGUACAAAGUACCGUCCUGUUAUAUUCUUCCUCGAUGGAGCAAGAAGAUAAAGCGCAAGCAUACGUAUGUCAAAAGUAGCCAUGAUGUCAGUCGGUCAGAUGAGAGUCAUGUUGCAUUUAGGGAACUGUGUGCACACUUCUAUAAUGUUGCUCAAGAGUUCCUCGGUGAUGAUGAAGAAACAGCAUUGCUGCAUGUUGCUUUGGAAGAAACAAGGACCAAGUUGGCUACGCACCGUGCCAAAAAGAGGUCCGAGAGCAUGGCAGAGACUCAGACCAACAUUGGCUCUCAGAGUUCGAAUGAUGUCGGUGUUGAUGACAUCCAAGGCCCAUCGAAGGUCACCACAAAGGGCAGGCCAAAGAGUAAGAGGCUUGGCUCUGCCCUUGAGAAGUCCAUCAAGAAUUCAAGACGGAGAAAACAAAAGAAUUCACAUCCGGUGGUUCGUCCGCACACAUUUCAAGAUAUAAACCAUUGUGAUGUUUCUAGCCUGGAUGUUCCCAAACAAGACGGUGGUUUCAUGAUUCAUGUUAGUUUCAAGGUUCUAAGGCAGCUGUUGCAAAGUAUACAGUUUAAUAAAGUUGUUUCUGAUUUCUACACGCUUGACUAUAUAGUUUUUCGACUGGAUGUUCAUUUUAGUAAGUUAUUGGAUGUUCAGAUUAGCUAUAUUGGCGGAUGGAAAAAAAAUGUCAUGGAAUCAAGUCUUUCUAAUGUGAAAAAUAACAAAGCACUAAGCAUGUCAACAGUAAGUAAACUCAGUAUAACAAAGUAG